UGCUGUAAACUGGACUUUCAAAAUGUGAUAUCUCAUUCAUGCAUACAGCCAAGGAUCGAGGAUGUGUGGCUUGCACCUCAGUUGUGUGACUUCAGAGAUGGCUGAUAAGGAGAAUGGAAGAGCUGAAGUCACUGGGCAGGAGAUGCUUGAUGAUCAACUACUGUUCCCAACAAAUCAAGCUCCAGACAAGGCUCUUAUUGAGGAGUAACAUUUUAAAUUCUCUACAUUCGUGUGGAGGCAGGAGUUAUCAAAAGUAAGCAAAGAUUUAGAACUGACACAACACAUUAGCACAGGUUUAGUUUGGAGAAACAGCAGCAGGUGUCUUUGCUGGGGACGGGAGUGGGAAGUCUUUGCCGGUUGCACAGGCGGGCCGGGCAGCGGUGAGCCGGCCGGACGCCUUUGCCGGGCGUACCCUGGGCUGGCGAUGGCGAGAGCCGUGCUGCUGGCCGCGCUGCUCCUCGCCGCGCUUGUGUCCGUGCACUCGGCCAAGGCCCGCCGGCCGCCCGCACACGAGAAGCCCAACAACUUCUUCAGACAGGUGGCGAAUGGCAUUUACCGGAACCUGGUGGCCGUCUUCGGGGAAGAGAUGGUGGAGGCGGUGUGCAAGUUUUUCUCCAGGACAACUGAACAGUUUGUGUUUGGUAUGGAUGUGUUGGUGGAAACUGUGUGGAAAAUAUGGUCGGACCUCCUGGAAAUUCUUGGAAUUGAUGCAUCAAACCUGCACCAAUAUCUGAAUCCAGCGACAGCAGUUCACCACCCAUCUCAAGUCCUCCUGAUAUCUGUUGCUGUGCUUUUAGCUUACUGGUUUAUAUCAAUGUGUCUGGGACUUCUGUUUUAUAUGUUACGCACAGUAUUUGGCUGUUUUUUUUGGAUUGCCCGAAUAGUUUUUUUUGCCCUUGCUUGUUUGUAUAUUCUGCAGAAAUCUGAAGGUGACCCUGAAGGUGCCGUGCUUCCCCUUUGUUUUGUAGUCUUGGCGUAUGUUAUAACUGGUCCGGUUGGCUUUUAUUGGAGGAGAAGCGGUAGUCAUGUAGAGGAUAAACUUGAACAUCUUGAUGGUCAAAUCAGGCUCAUGAACAUUCGCCUUAAUAGAGUGUUGGAAAAACUUGACCAAAACUCUGCUUAGUGCUGGAAAAACACCAUUGCUUAUCACCAGCACUGUUUAAUGUAUAAUGAACUGUUGAUACCAGGUGUGAUUUGUUCAACCCAUGUUCAUAACAACCAGGAUUAGUGUUACUGUCAGUGAACUAGUGACCAGUAAUUAUAUUCCUAAAUUUUGCUUUUCAAUCAUUCAGCCACUUUUUUUAAUUUUUAUACCCAUUGAGUAUUUUAUAUUCUUAUUACCAAUAACAAAGAUUAAAUUCUUGUGUCUUGUGAAAUUUUUCUUUAAAUGUCUUAAAUACAUAUGGUCAGUCAUUCAUCGGUAUAAAAAAAAGCCAUGGGUGAAAUCUGCUGGACCAGUCCUGCUGUCUGGAAUCACCAUCCAUGGUCCCUGCAUACCCAUGCUCACUGGGCUAUAUGCAGAAGGCUUAUCUUCCAAUUUGCACCCAGUGACUGGUCCUCAGAUAUUCGGAGACAUUAAUACUGAACUAAGUAAUUGCUUUAUCAGUUUGAAUGGCCAGCAAAAUUUGGCCCAAUAUUAUUUUCAGCCUAUUCAACUUCUGUGGGGGAAGAGAGGAAAGAAUAAUAAGUGUGCUCACUAAUCAUGUACCAUUAUUUCUGUACUAUUUAUGCAUUCAGAGAUAAUUGGAUGAUUUUAGAACUUACACAGUUUGCGAUUAAAACCAAGGGUGAAUUCUAAGACUUUAUGUACAAUUUUUGCUUCAAGUUGUCCAUUCUGUCCCUUUCAUUGUUGCUAUGUUGUUAGAUCCCUAAUUAUGUAAGAGAAUUUGAGUUGGUGUUCUAUUUGCAAUGUGCUGUGGUGAAAAGAAAUAGUCAAGAUUUCUUACUACUGUGCAUUUGAAAUUUUUCUUUGGUUUAGUGGGUACAUUGCAUGUGAAUAGAAGUACAGUAUAGAAAUGUGUAUUUGUACAAUCACCUAUUGCAAACUUCAGUUUUGCCAAUGGAUUUGUAGACCAUGGAUCUAUUAAUAUGGCAUGUUUGUAAAUGUGAUGAGUAAUUCAUUGCCAGGUUAUUUAUAUGUAGCUUAAUUAUGAUAUGUGGUGUUAGACCAAAUUAAUAUUAAAAAAAGCUGCAAAAUUGACUGUUUUCUGCCCCACUUCCAGCCUCCAAUAGAACUUGAUUUAAGGUAGAUAACCUCAUCUUUAGAGAUGACCACACAAAUUUGUAUGAUUCCUCUUAAGAGGUGUUCAUCAAAUUCCACAAGAUAGAUUUUGGUGUUAAACCUAUACUCUCAUUUUUUUUUAAAGUAAGACGGGUAGAAUUGCAAAUGGUUGCAGUCAAAUGUGAGUCUCAUAGGUGACGGAUCAGAGUUUGUGAUGGAGUCUUCCUGUUCUUUGUUCUGAUCAGGUAAGAAAAGCAUAGGGAGGAUGGGUUUUUAAGUUAUGAAAAAGUCUGAAAUUUAUACUAAGUGGAACUAAUUCCACCACAAAUAAUGAUUUAUAUUGGUUCUAGAGUAUGUACCUCAGAAAAAAUGCUUUAUGUUUUGGAGUUUGGAAACAAGCACUGAAGGGCAAUGAAAGCCACCUGGCAAAAUACGUUCACCCAAAAUAAAUGCUUUUGUUUUUUGUAGCCAUUAGAAAUUAAUGGAAAUUAUUAUUGAUUCUGACAUGCAGGAAAACCAUAACCUGUUAAAGUGUACAUCUGAAAUGAUUUGAUAAAUCAUGAUGGUCUUACUUGAGCUAAUAUCUUGGCCAAAUCUACAAUUCAAUUAGUGUAGAGAAACAAAGGAUUGCAGAUGCUGGACUAUCUAGAUGUAAAACGCUAUGAUGUUGGAGGAACUCAGCCAGCCAGGCGGCAUCCGUGGAGAAAAGCAGGCAUUCAACGUUUAAGAUCAGGACCCUUCUUCAGGACUGAAGAUAGGAAAAGGGGAAGCCCAAUAUA